AUGGCCAGCUCCUUCGAGAAGUCCGUCAAGGGCGCCACCAAGAUCAAGGCCGCGCCUCCCAAGACGAAGUACAUCGAACACAUCCUCAUCGCGACACACUCUGGAGAGGCGGGAGUAGGAGAGGUCUUCAGGGCGCUGCAGCACCGGCUCAGGGACUCAACAUGGACCGUCGUCUUCAAGAGCUUGAUCACCGUCCACCUGAUGAUCAGGGAGGGCUCCCCUGAUGUCACGCUGGGGUAUCUGGCAAAACACCGAAACAUGCUUGCCGUGAGCAUGUUCUCUGACGCCCAGACACAGGGACGGAACAUACGACAUUACGCCAACUACCUCUCCGAGCGAGCACGAGCGUAUCGCGAUACAAAGAUCGACUGGGUGCGCGGUAGAGACAACAGGCUGGAGAAACUGACUGUGGAAAAGGGGCUGCUAAGGGAGACGGAGUCUGUACAGCACCAACUGACAGCCCUCCUGAAAUGUGACGUCAUGGACAAUGAACCGGAGAAUGAGAUCACCAUCACCGUCUUCCGGUUACUGGUUCUGGACCUGUUGGCGCUGUUCCAGGUGCUCAACCAUGCAUUGAUCAACAUCCUGGGUCAUUUCUUCGAGAUGUCCAAGGUCGACGCGGAGAGAGCUAUGGAGGUCUAUCGCGGGUUCAUCAGGCAGACAGACAUGGUGGUUCAGUAUCUGAGCAUGGCCCGCCAGUACGAACACCACACGAGAGUUGAGGUCCCAAAGUUGAAGCACGCUCCUGUCAACCUUGGAAGGCAGCUGGAGGACUACCUCAACGACCCGGACUUUGAGAUUCACAGGCGACAAUAUCUGGCCGAGCUGGAGGCCAAGAAGAGCAAGGGCGGCUCGGGAGCCAACCCGCUACCACCAGUCUUCAAGAGCGAGGCGGCGAGCAAGUCGGCGGCGGCGGCGAGCAGCUCGUUUCCCAAUGUUAAUGGCGCUGCGAGCUCGUCCGCAUCGGAGUCCAAGCCGGCCAAGGGCCCGGAUGCGGAUCUGAUCGACUUCUUCGAUUCGAUAGAGCAGAACCAGACCACGCUGGGCGCACCCCCGUCCGCACAGCCGCAAGUGGGAGCAUCGCCCUGGGGAAACCCAGGCUUCCAGGCUCAACCUACCGAGCAGUUCCAGAACGGGUUCGUGCCGCAGCAGACUGGGUUCCAGGGAACGAACCCCUUCCAGCAACAGAUGACAGGUUUCCCACAACAGCAGCAGCAGCAGCAGCAGCAGCAGCAGCAGGUUCCUCAACAGCAGCUCCAGCCGCCCUACGCAGGCGCAGGAUUUGGUGGAUUCAUGUCGCAGGCCGGCUUCCAGAGCUCGUUGGCUCCGAUACCGCAGGACUCAGUCGCAUCGUUCCAGCAGGGCAACGUAUCCAUGCCCAACCUCCAAGCGCAACAGCAGACUACCAACCCAUUCCGAGUGUCCAUGAUGGCGACGGGUCAGAACCCCAUGCCCACCGGCAUGACAACGCACUCGGCCCCAACGAGCCCGCCUACGGCCCUACAACCGCAGCAGACAUCUACGAAUCCCUUCGCCCGGCCGGCGUCGCAGUCUAAUCCACCCACGUUCCAGCCAACACCACCACAACAGGCAGGGCCACUGCAGCCCAUGCAGACUGGGACGAACCCAUUUGCCAAGAACUUUGGUACUCCUCAACCGCAGCAGCAGCAGCGGCCAGCCACAAGCGCCGGUCUGCUUCCUCAGCCUACGGGGACGACAAAUCCCUUCCGCCAGUCGCAGUUUGUCAACCAUAAUACGGGCAUGGGCUGGCAACAUAACCAGCAGCCUAUGGGCGGCGGGCUUGACUCCCUGCAGACGGUCUCUGUCUUCCCUCGACCGGCACAACAAAGCCCUUGGCAGCAAUAA